AUGAGCGAUUCAGACCAGGGAGAGAAGAAGGCAGGUGUGCCGUCGUGGCAGCUGAAAUCGAAAGACGCAACAGCGAAAGAGGAAGAGAAAUCAUCUGCGGAAUCAACGAGUCGCGAGACGAUCAUCGAGCAGGCAAAGAAGUUCCUGGAGGAGGACGAAGUACGCAAUGCAUCGACAGACAAGAAGAUCGCAUUUCUAGAGAGCAAAGGACUACGUGGCGAAGAAAUCCAGGAUCUGCUGGGCAUCACAAUGAACCCAGAAGCAUCCUCCGAAACUCCACGACCACAACCUACCCAACAAUCCCCGCCACCUCCACCUCCACCUCCACCUCCACAGCAACAAACCCCCUCCCAACCGCCAAUAAUAACCUACCCCGAAUUCCUCACCACCCCCACCUCCCCUACACCCCUAAUAACCAAAACCCGCCUCCUCACAACCCUCUACCUCUUCUCCGGGCUGUCCGCCCUGCUCUACGGCACAAACACCUUCCUGCUAACCCCGAUGCUCGCCACACUCACCGAUUCCCGACUAUCAUUCGCAGCAACCGCUUCUUCCAAUCUCUCGAAGCUCAUCACCCGCCUCGAAAGCAUAGUCUCCGAGAUCCCACCAACAAUAGGGCCUGCACAUGAACAUAAAGAGGAGGACUCAGAAAGCGACGAAGAUCCCACUGAGCUUUUUCAUAGAGAUAUUGGUGUGCAGACUUCGCUCCCUAAUUCAGAGGCUGGGACGAGACCGGGGACACCGACGCCUACAUCUGCGCUUGCGGACCAGACGUCCCGGCUUAAAUCCCUUACGGGAUCUUUGAACGGGUUAAUAGACGACGGUACAUCUGAAGGCCAUGAUGUCGUGGAGUUAGAGGCUACGAUCGGGGUGUUGAAAGACUAUUUGGAGGGUAUGACUUAUGUGACUCCGAGUUAUAAUUUUGGUGGGUCGGGGGCCUAUGGGGGAAGAGAGGGGGCAGGGGGUAAGGAGGCGGAUGAUGAGAUAAGCAGGGUGAAGAUGGGGAUUAAGAGUAUGAAGGGGGUGUUGCUUAGUGCGAGGAGCUUUCCGGGGGGUGUGAGGGGUGUGGGGAGGUGA